AUGCUAUAUGCUUCUCAUGUGGGGAAAGGUCCAACUACAAGGAUUAAGACAUAUAUUCCAAGGCAUACAUGUGGAAGGAGGCAAAGAACCAAGUAUGCCACUUCAUCAUGGCUGUCUAAGAGGUUUGAUGAGGAGUUAAGAGAUAAUCCCAAGAUGAAAGUGACAGAUUUCAUGAAGAUAAUAAGGAAACAUUAUGCCAUAGAUGUAACUGAGGCUGAAGUUUAUAAAGCCGAGAGUUUUGCAAAAGCUAGAAUUCAAGGUAGUAUUGAAGAACAAUAUGGAAAGUUGUGGGAUUAUAUUGGUGAUAAUCCUACUUUUAAGAGGAUUUAUAUAUGUUUUGGAGCACUUAAAAAGGGAUUUGUGGAAGGAUGUAGACCAGUGGUGGGUUUUGAUGGGUGCCAUGUUAAGGGUUGUCACCCAGGGCAGAUUCUAAGUGCAGUUGGGGUUGAUGGAAAUAAUGGGAUGUAUCCAAUUGCUUUUGCUGUUGUUGAAGUUGAAAACACAGAGACUUGGAGUUGGUUUUUUCACAUAUUCUUUCAAGAUGUAGGUAUUCAAAAUGGCCAUGGCUGGGUUUUCAUUACUGAUAAGCAAAAGGGUUUAGGGAAUGCCCUUCAUGCUUUGAUGCCCACUGCUGAGCACAGGCAUUGUGUGAGGCACUUGCACAAUAAUUUCAAGCUUGCAGGCCAUACUGGUAAUGCUUUGAAGCAGAGGUUGUGGGCAGCAGCUAGGGCAACAACAAUACCUCUAUUUGAAGCUGAAAUGGAGCAGAUGUUGGGUCAAUCUGAGGCAGCUUAUAAGUGGCUUGAGGAGAGACCAGCUGCUUAUUGGAGUAGAUCACACUUUAGUACAGUCCCAAAGUGUGAUAUACUUCUAAACAACUUGUGUGAGUGUUUUAAUGCUGCAAUCCUAGAAGCAAGGGAUAAGCCCAUUGUUACUCUUUUGGAGAGAAUUAGAACCUACUUGAUGCUUAGAAUGGCUAGACUUAGAGAGACAGUGUGGCCCCAUGAGGUUGGUCCAAGAAUAUUUGCUAUUGUGGAAAAGAAUUCAAUUGAAAGUGGCCACUGCAUAGCUUCGUAUGCUGGUGGGGGGAAGUAUCAAGUUAAUAGUAUGUUGGGAGCUAUGUUUGUUGUGGAUUUAGAAAGGCAUACAUGCACCUGCAGAAAAUGGGACUUAAGUGGAAUCCCAUGUCCACAUGCCUUGGCUGCAGUAGCAAAGAGUGAGCACAGACCUCUGGAUUUUGUGCAUGCACUUUACAAAAGGCCGGCAUAUGAUAGGGCUUAUGAGGGCUAUAUAUCUCCAAUGCCUAGUCAAUCAUAUUGGAGAAAAACAGGGCAUGUACCUAUCAAGCCACCUCUUUAUCACAUCCAACCAGGAAGGCCCAAACUUAGGAGAAAUAAAGAACCUGAUGAAAUACCAAGAGGGGCAACAAAACUUAAGAGGGGCAACCUAGAGGUGCUAGAGCAAGAGUCAACAGGAGGGGAAGAGGAGCUAUGA